AUGUCGGCGACUCGCAGCUCGGAUUCGGUGUGCCAUGGAAUCCACCGCCGCUCAUGGCGUACAGCACUGCCCCGGCUGUCCUUUGCAGCGGUGCGGUGUAUACAGCAACUCGCAGACGCAUUGCGAGAGCAGCUGCAGUCAGCGCUGGCACCGCCGCAUCACGGCCGCCCUGUGCAUGGUCGGCGUGACGCUCUCCUUCGUCAUCAUCGCCCUGGGCCUGCUCUUCGGGGGUGGCCUGCGCCGAGAACCGCGCUCUGCAUGGGCGAACCUGAACGACAGUGUCGCGGCUGCCAGCGCGAGCGCCCCUGUACAGAGCAUAAAACCGGAAGUCACGCUAAACGGUGUCUACAUUUUUCGUCUCUGGCUCACAUGAAGAUCCUUGCCGCCGAAGGGUCACAUAGACGAAGAUGAAAAUUGUGUCACACGAAGUCCACAUAUGCCGAGUUGUUAUAGCCAUUCUUCGAGUUGUUAUCCUCAAGAAAUAAAAAAAUGAGUUUUUACAACCAUUACU